AAGUUUUUGCAGGUCGGCCUUAUACAGGGUGUGGUAGAGAUGCUCGCGUCCUCGGCCACGGCGGCAGCGGGCAGCGAGACCCGUCCAAGCUCGCGUCCUCGACCACGGACGGCGGCGACGAAGACCCCUUCCAAAUCCGCUUCCCGCACGCGAUUCUUGCAGGCCGUUGGGAACUUCAACCCCAACAUCCUCGGCUCCCCUCCCUCGAUGACGCCAAAGAACGCGUCUCAAGCAGCGCCCGGCGUCUCCCCCAUUAUCAGCUCUUCCCGAAACCUCUCCCAAGAUAGUUGCUGCUCUGUGCUAGAAGGGAUGAACAGGGGAGAAACAGGACAGGGCUGGGGGUUGUCUGCACACAGAGAUAUUGAGAUAAUUGGAACUAUUGUUGUAGAAUGCUGUGAUGGAAAAUAAAAAAAUUCUUCGAUCUCUUGCAGAUGAUGUUGGAUUGAAUGAUUUCUUGCAGUCACAGGAGUCGUCCAAUAUCGUGCUUCUUAUUGGAAAAGAGUCCCUGAUUUCGUACAUGCCAACAAGAAAGAAGACUAAGGGGCCGUUUGGUUUUAGACCUAGCAAUGCCACACUUUGCCAUACAAUGUUGCCAAACUUGCCUAAGGUUAGUUCUUCAAAAUGAGAGCCACAGUGGGUUCUUAAGGUGAGGAAUUUUUUAGCGUGCAUGCUUUGUUCGUCCGGAUUGGGUGGUGAGUUUUGGCCUUUUGGGUAUGACAGCGAGGAAUGUUUUAGUGUGCAUGCUUUGUUCGUCCGGAUUGGUGGUGAGUUUUGUGUAUGACAGUGAGGAAUGUUUUAGUGUGCAUGCUUUGUUCGUCCGGAUUUUAGCGGCCACUGUGUCGUCCAGGUUGGAGAGGAUGACGGAGUCGGCAUGGCUGAAGAAGGUGAAGCGGCUGUUGGGGUUAAGUGUUGCGAGUAAUUUUACAGGAGUGAGCUUGCUCAGAAAUCUGCGACCGUUGAAACAUGAAAUACAUGCAAAGAUGGGGAAUAAUCAACAUGAUGCUCUGGUCGAGAGAAGUAGAAAUUAAUUAAGCUUCAAGAGGCUGAGACGACUCUUGUAGUACUGACAGGAAAAAUUAGUUCUGGAAACACCGAUAUCUCUAUACUAUCUACCUAUGUUCAACAAAGAAAUUCAUUUUCUUCCUUUCUCGGUCCUCUAUUUUUUAGCAGACCAAGAUGCACAAAAGUGCGGCCUAUAAACUGAAAUAGAAGCAGGUAACUACACUCUAGAGGUAUACAUGAACAAGAGAAAAGAGGAGAACAAUGAUCAAUGGAGAAAUGCACUGCGCUGUUAACUGCUGCUACUAUAACACUGAAGUUUUAAUUGCAGGAGACCCAUAAAGAAAGAAAGAAGACUUGUGUUAGCCAUUCUUGUUUUGUGUUUAAUUUUAUGCUUUAUUCUUUGACUCGCUAGGAUAUAGUACAAUUUUCAAUUGUGAGCCUAGCAUCUAGCAUCGAUUUUGACCUCUGAAAUUUUGUUUAGCAGGCAGCACCAGCUGCUUUUAGUGCAAAUCACCGAGAGCUAAGGGUAUAUUUGUCCUUGCAUCAUUGUAAUUUUGAUGUUUUGCUCUAUUCAUAAUUUAGUAUUGCUUGUUCCAUCUUGACCCUAUUAUGUUGUGCCUAUAUGUGUUUCUUAUGCGGUUACGACGGUGACAAUGUGCCUAAUUUGCUGUAUGACAUUCAGCGUGAUCAGUGGGGGUUGAAAGUGUGGCGAUGCCAAUGUCAGAGACUGAACUUGUUAGGUUGGUAAGAAUUAUUUCAUAUUUCUCUAGCUUUGAGAUUGCGGCUUCACUUCUAGUAUCAUAUCAACUAUAAAUGCAUGUGUUGAUCAUAUUAAUUAUGCGUAAAGAUACCUCGCAAAAAAAUUAAUGCGUAAAGAUAUCAUACAUAAUAUUAAUGUGCAAUUAAUUUCCUCCCUAAUAUUACAUAUACGCAUUUAUUGCAAUUAAUAUUGUAUAUUUAUUAAUGUGUAUAUAUAAGAAGUGUUCGCCAAGGAAAAAAAUGUGGCUUCUCUGGUUCGACCGGAUCCAAGAUUUUGGACUCCUCGAUUGAAAAGAAAGAAAGGUUUUACACUCUUCCGCGGCUCGCAAGCACCUGCUCGGCAUCCACUUGCCGGCCGGCCGCCGCCGUAUUUUCUUGGUCGGGCCGGCGCGGUGUCGUGCCGCGCCGUGCUGCCUCCCCAGGAUCGCACCGCCGGCCGUGACAGGAGAAAGCAACCGAAAACCAACAAGAGCGGGGGACAGGAAGAUAUCGGAGGCAGCUGCCCCAACCCUAGGCUCUCACAGUAAAAGUGUACCAAAUGGACCAUGGGAGUUCCCCAACGAAGAUAUGUAAGUCUGUUGUGGAUGAAGAUAUCAUCAGCAAUCUACCCGAAGCUCUCAGAGACAAAAUCCUUUGUUGUCUGCCAAUAAAAGAAGCUGUUGGAACAUGCCUCUUGUCAAGGACUUGGAGGUACACAUGGGCUUCAAUGACCGAACUGAUGUUCAGGAGAGCUGAUUUCGCUUCAGGAAAUGAUAGUGCAGACGAUGACCGCAGAUUUCUUAAGUUCACUGAUAUGUUUCUCUUCCUCCACAACGGCCCAAUUCUGAAGUUUUGCCUGAAUACCGUAGCGAAUGAAAUGGUAUCCACUGGAGGAUACCUUUACCGUUGGAUGCUUAUGCUGUCAAGAAAUAAGAUUAAGGAGAUUCAACUUCAGACAAGUAUACGUGACAGUUACAAGGUCCCGUCUAGUUUUUUCUCCUGCGAUGAACUAGAAUAUGUGUAUCUGCGAGCUUGUGUUUUCACUAGUUUACAUUUGCCACCUCCAUCUAAAGGCUUCAAACAAUUGCAUACUCUUCGUCUAGAAUAUGUUACCGUGGAAGGAAACAGUUUAGGGGAUUUAGUAGCGAGUUGCCCGAAUUUGGAGAAACUUAAUAUUCGUGGAUUGUGCAGCCAAUCCAAUAUAAAUAUUCGUUCAACAAAGCUCAAGGUGCUAAAAAUUGAAGGCUGGUUUACACACCUCAAUCUGCAUGCUCCUUAUCUUACUUCCGUAUGGAUCAGACUGGAACUGAGUUCUGACACAGAUGGUGCUUCGACAACCAGAUGCAACUUCAAUCUUUCUCCAUUUAUUGCUUCUCUUUCAGAUGUUGAGACUAUUAGGUUUCAUGGACACAUCCUUGAGUGCGUAGAACGUGAAUUUCUGAUUCUCAAGCAGCCAAAAUUAUUCAACCGGCUGACAGAGAUAAGCCUGGAGAUCAAUCUCGGUGAUCUCAAGGAAGCAAAUUUUGCCUUGUACUUAUUUCAGCAUGCCCCCAACCUGCGAUUUUUCAAACUAAAGCUCAUUUCCAGGAAUUCCAUGGUACCAAGAGUGCAUUUCUGGGAAUCAAUAGACCGUGAUGUCUGUCUCUUCCAGAACGUUGAAGUAGUUGGUUUGUUCGACUUCACUGGCUCCUUUGCGGAGUUUGGCUUCUUGAAACUUUUACUUGAAGAGGCACCAGUGUUAAGAAAAGUGGGAAUAAUCGACAAGGGAUUGGACAGAACUGUCCUAAAAAAUCUCCUGAAGCUGAGAAGAGCAUCAAAGGAUGCAGAAAUAUUGAUUCUUGAGGCUUGUUUCCCCCACUAGAAAAAGGAUCAAGUCCAACCUCUGAGGGAACAAGUCAAGACCAUUGGAAGGAACGGUAUCAAGCUUGUGUUGGGAACCUCUAACGACUCUACUGCUCUCGUUUGGUGCGAUCUUGCAAGACACAAGCUCUGAAGUUAGGGUAUACAGGCAUGAGUUAUCCCCAUAGUUUGCUGUUGAAGUUACCCCGUGUUCCUGUGGAAAAACAGUGUUGCCUCAAGAGUUGCUUACCUGUUGUGUCAAAGUUCAGAAAGAAAAUGUUUGUCAGCUUAACUUGUGCUAUGCAGCUUAUUUCCAAAUUUGAAUGCUGGGUACUCUCAGUGUA